CCCUUUCCCCAACCACCAAGAGCAAACAGCAAAAGGGAUUUUUGUCUGGGUCAGGCAGUGGCUUCGUGGUUGGACCAGAGGCAUUCGUCUUUUGGGCGGACAUUGAGGGCCGCGCCAUUCAGCAGAGUCUGAGACGAUAUGCGGUCACCAGAGCGUCAGCGGAUCUGCGUCUUGUGUGAGUUGUUGAUGGCGAAGUACAAGCUAUCACGGUAUACAUUUAAUGCCUCGUCCCUGGGAGGGCCUGGCGCAACUAUAAGUGGGCAUUGUAAUCCGAUGUCCCACAUUGAUAAGGCUUGUCAUUUGGCCAAUGACUCGCCAUUGAUUAUUCCGACAUGAAGUUCGUGUCGUUGAGGAACGUCUUUCCGCCAUAUCACUUUUGGCUGGAUCUCGAGAAUUGUAGAAACAUACAUUGGGCAUUUUGCAAAGAAGGGAUUACUACUCGCUCCGUCUUCGUGACGCCGCAUGGUUAUCUUUUUUAUGCUUGAGAGUGCUACUCUCGAGUGAGAUUUCAAAUCAAUUACCCCAGGACAUACUUUCCGGCAUUGCCAAGUAUCUCUACUUUACAACUAGUUAGGUGCUUGUACUAUGUUGACUACUUCCGAAUGCCAAUUUGUAGGUUGUAGAGCAAUCA